AAAUCUGUUACCGGAAGUCCUUCAUGUGACUCUGUCUGGCUUCCCCAUUGAGGACACGCACCAAGUGGAUUGUUGUGUCUGCUGUUUGAAUAAGUAGAAAGCCGAAGUGAGGUUAUGAAUCAUUUGCUAACUUUGCGUAUCCUCGUGUAACGAGAGGAUCCGCGGCUUUUAGCUGCUUAAACAUUAGUCGGUGUUAAAAGUGGCGGUGGCGGGCUGGCUCCUCGCCGUCUCGGCGGACGGAGUGUAAGUAAAUGAAAGCGCUGUUUGGAGCCGUUGAACAAAGAGCUUUUCUUCCCUCUGCCAUUGUUACCGAGCGGAGCGCCUGGUUUCUGACUUAUUCAGAGGUGGUUUCGGACUGUAAAAGUGAGGGGGCGGCCUGUGCUCCAGUCAUGACCUCUGGCAACGGGAACACUAACAGCAACGGCAGCCAGCACAAUGGAGAGAGUAAAGCAGCCCAGCCCGUAGUCACGUCCCACAUCCUCACCCAUCUGAUAGAAGGCUUCGUCAUCCAGGAGGGUGCCGAGCCGUUCCCUGUGGAACGACCAUCCUUCUCAAUUGAGAGCCUAAGGAGACACACUGCAGACUCAAAGAUGGACUGCUUCUCACCAAAGGAGGUAAAAGCCCAGCAGGAGCCCAUGCUGACCUGCGAGCUGUGUGGCAGGGUGGAUUUUGCCUACGUCUUCAAACGGUCCAAGAGGUUCUGUUCUACGGUGUGCGCCAAACGCUACAAUGUGGGAUGCACAAAGAGAAUGGGUCUCUUCCCGAACCGCAAAACCACCCUGGAGAACAUGAAGAAACAAAGACCGCUCGACGGAAACCACAAAAACGGCAGUUUCGAGUCAAAAAAGAAGAAGCCUGCUGCGGUCGCCGCUGCUCCGUCCGCUGGUCUCUCGGCCCACCCGGCCCACGGAGAGUCCAGCCAGUGUUCGGACUUAGCUGGCUACAGAACGCCCCCGUCCCCCCUGUCAGCCACGCAGCCCCGCAGCUUCCUGCCCAGUGACCCGGGCCAGUGGGACAUCCAGGACGUCUACGAGUUCAUCUCCCUUCUGCCAGGUUGUCUGGAGAUCGCCGAGGAGUUCCGUUCUCAGGAGAUCGACGGACAGGCCCUGCUGCUGCUGAAGGAGGACCAUCUCAUGGGGACCAUGAACAUCAAACUGGGCCCUGCGCUCAAGAUCUUUGCCCAGAUUAGCACGCUCAAAGACUCGUAGCCAAUCUCACCCUUUACACACCCUUUACACACACACACACACACACACACACACAGCUCUGCUGUGACUGGACAAACAUGAUGUGCUCAGGAAGUUGAAUUCAGGUACUGGGCCACUAAUUGUUUGAUGGACAUUUUGUCAUUGCCUGCUGAAUACAUUGAGGACAUUGGCUGGGACAGUUUGACUCACCUUUUUACACUGUUUACUUCACUCUGGAACUACCUUAGGAAAACUUCACCCCAUAGUUUGAGAAGGUAGGCUGUGUUGGGUAAAGCGUUUGAUUGAGAACAUUGUUUUUUAAUAAUGUGUUACUGCCCCCUGGGUUCCUGCAAGGGAGGGUUUAAGUUGAGCAGUUGAUUUGUUCUAGUAUUUCUCACGGGAGCGUGACUGUAAAGAUUUGCGCUUGCUGUUUUCAGCCCAACAUUUAGGGAAAACAUACUUGCUGGAUUAUGUGAUCAACGUCAAGAACUUACAUUAAGUUAAUUCUGAUCCGGGACUUCCGUACUACUUAUUAAGGCCCUGCACUGCUAUCUUCUUGAGCUCAUAAAAUUCAUUACAGGGACAAUUUUUUAAAAUACAAACUCACUGGAUGUUUUUUUUUUUUUUUUUUUUAAAAAAGGCAGGUGACCAUAAACAAUAUUCUACUCUUGACCUAGAACUCUUCCAAGGUCUCUUCCAUUAAACGUUCACUUUUUUUUCAACCUGGAGCCUUUUUUCCGUUUCUGUGUCUAAGUGACUGAUGGGAACAACAAUCUUUGACAUCGGUCCAGUAUGAAGCGAGAUCGCUGCAGUCGACAGCGGCGAAACAAGCUACAGUGUAAGUUUUUCAUCCACAAAAAGUGCUGUUUUAUCACUGCCAUUCUCAGAUUAUUAUUUUAAAUGUCUGACAACAUUAUGGAAAUGAUCCCUACAGAAGUUGUCCUUUUUUUGUUAUAGAGAAAGAACUUUUUUGUUUAACAAAAAAGGACAACUUCUGUGCCGCGAACUUGCUAUCGCCAAACCCACCAGACUUCCAUUUAAAUAAACUUGUAUUAGCGUAAAACACAUUUCAUUCAAAGUCAACA